GUUUUGAAGCAUUUGUGCGUUUUUACCGAACUUAAGGUAAACAAAUACAUUGAUUCGGAAUGUAUAUGACUUGUUAAUUAUUUAUUGGAUUUAAAGAUAAAUUGAAGGGAAUAAAUAUUUUAUCUCAUUGAUCAUUGAUGUAUGAUGGGUUCCAUCAACAUUUUCAGCUUAUUAUUCAUUUUGAAGUUACUGCAAACAGAUGCCAGUAUUAAUAUAUAUCAAAGCGGUGUCCAAGCUGGUAGCGGCCAUUUUGAAUGCGGAGAAGAAUUUGUUCUUACAUGCCAGAUAGAUAGUUAUUCAGUUUCAAUGGCAUUACAAAAUGACAGCAGCAAUGUUCCACUCGCAGAAUGUUUUCUGAAUACAUGUACAUUGAACCCAGAUGUAGCAAACAGAUAUACAUUGUCAACAAAUACAGCCACUGGAACCUUCAAUUUGACGUUUAAUGUAUCAAAUUACCAUAACGGGACGACUUUUAUGUGUGACGAUGCUUCUAACUCCAAGAGUUCUUUAUUCUUGAUGAACGAUUAUGAGCCAAAUAUAAUUGAAACAAAUCAAACACAGUUGGAAGUGAUGUCUGGAUGCAUAAAUUCGGGUGUAACUGUUACAUUUUUAUGGAAGAAAGUAGAGGCAAAGACCAUGACUGAAAGUGAAUACAAAUUUGAUUUUUCAAACAAACACGAGUAUUCUAAUGCAACCAUCUGUGAAUUAGACGAAGAAUGUGGUGGACAAGGUUUGAUAAAAAGAAUCAUAUCGAUAGAUGUAGAGGAAGAAGGGACAGACGAAUACUAUCUGAAAGCAAUAUUGUCUUACCCCGGCGUUAAAAAGGAAAUACUUACAAGUAAAACAUACAAGAUCAAACAAGGCAAGAACAUGUCAUAGAGUAAUUUGAUAUAUGUAUAUAAUAAGUACCGGAAAAAAGUCACAUAUAAAUAAAACAAAAAACACAGUCCAUCAUUUAAGUUAUUUAAUUAUUUGAUUAAUUAUUUAAUAAUAAGUUAACACAUGGAUUGUGUUUUUGUUUUAUAUAUAUAUACUAAUAUGAAAAAGGCAAAGCCUCAGAGCGAGCUCGAUGUAUUUUUAACGUGAAAUAGUAUGAAAUAAUCGCUCAUUUUUAUUUCAGUGACGAGUGCGUGUGACGUCACACGUACUUUGUUAAAUAUGGAUCCACCCCUGUCGUUAAAUGAAUAACGAGUUUUGAAAACGUUGAUAAAACUUUGUUUGUUUAUCUUAUUUCACUCUAUAAUUUUUCAAGCGAAAUAAAGAUUAUUAAAAGUGAAAUAAAUGUAAAACUUAACACGUUUGCAACAUUAAAAUAGCGUAUUUGAUCACGUGCUGUUUGGCGCUACAUUGUGACGUCACGUAAACAAUACUUUAAACGUCUGUACAGCGUUAACGAAUGAAUAUUAAUAUAAUGUUCGGAUUCAUUUUCUUAGUUAGACCAUUUUCUUUCAUUCUAGAUAGUUUUCACAACAAAUUUCGACAAAAAAUUGUUUUUAUUUAUAAGAUUUUUCAAACAGAAUGGCGCCUUCAAUGUGAAAAUACACGGGGAAAUAAUAAGAACGGCGAGUGCAUUGUCGUAGAAUUGUCGGACCUUCUUUGUUUAUAUAAAGAAUUUUCCGAUAGUGUUAGUCUAAGAAUGUUUUGUUUCUUCAAAAAGAGGAUGUGAAUGUUCAUUUAAUGAAAUCAGGCAAACCCUAUGUACGAGAAUAAUCGUUCAAUUUUCAUUUUACAUUUUUCGUUUUAAAACUGUCAUUCGAUAUUUUAUACACAUCUUCCGUUAUUCUGGUUCCUUUUCCAAUUAUGGUUCCCAUAGACGUGCGCGGGUGACCAGUCAACACAUCCGUUUUCAGCCAGAAUUCCUUAGUUUUUAUCGUUAUCUUUAAAUUCGAAAAGUUGCGAUGUGUCCAAUUCGGUACUUCGGACGAAAAUUUUCAAAACCAUCACUUUGCAGGUACUCACGUUACCGUAAAGCUCGCUUUGGGAGCAGGCCCCUCGAGCCAGCUCGUCGAGCUCGCUAUAAGAUGAUUUGCUGAAGAUUUAGUUUAGUUCUUAUUUGAUGAUUUUAUUUUUCAAAUCGGGCAUUUCAAAUCUGGUAUUUACCACCCAAUAUACGACUGACGUAGAAUUAACAAGAUUUUUGUUGUUGUUGUUGUUUUUGUUACAAAAAAGCAGACUUCUAGAAAGAAGAAAUUCUUAAUUAUCAUGGUAAAAUUAAGACCAUUUAGAUCUAUCAGAAUGUUUACCAGUGCAUAUCAAUAUUAUUAACUUAACAUAUACUUCUUAUUCGGUUAAACAAAAAAUCUGCUCUGUACUAUUAAUUAAGUUAAGCAUAGCACAAAAAUAUUUUGAUGAGGCGGCUGACUGGAAUGAGUCAUCUAUGAAAAUUCUUUACACUAUGAAUGUUUUGAAACAAAAUUACAUGUUUCCAAACUAUGUGUUCUGUAUAUGCUCCAAUUUAAUUGGUAAAGCCAGUGCCUUUGAAGCUUGUGUUUGUAGUUUAUCUAUGCACUUAAUACCAUACGUUUUUCGAUUCAUUAUAAGAAAGUAUUUAAUUUUCAGCAUUAAGAAUUUAGUAUUUUGGUAUUUCUGUAAGAUUUCUGUCCACAAAUGCUGAUUUGCAUGCAUGACUGUUCUCACAUCUUUGCCGUUUUAAACCAUCAAACAACCAAAAAUACUCAGUCAUGUUAUUUGAUCGUGUUUGAACAUACAUAUUAGAAAAAAUGAUCACUAUUGAUUUGACUUAUAAUGAGUGUAAUUGCAUACAAGAAUAAAAAGGAAUAACUAAUUAGUCAUACACUCAAAUUGAAUUAAACAUAUCUUUAACAUUAAAUAAAGACGUUUAUUUUAAUAGCACUAAUAGACAUAUACUUUUUCAAUAGCAUUACAUUUUGUUUUUGCUUUCAUUAAAAAUGAUUUUAUGUAAAUUAGCGUCAUACUGUAAUUUAUUAUCCGUCCGUCGUAAAGGCUUCUUGUGUUAGUGAACCGGAUAUGUCAAACACAAAUUUAUCUACAAGCGUGAUGCUUUUGGGGAAAUUUCCGCAUAGAAUAUAUGAUAUACAUACAUAAAAAAGGGAAUUUCAACGAGUUCGAUGCAUUGAAUUGAAAUAUUCUUAGCAAGCAUUCAUUUCAUGGUUUAAGGGUGGCCGUUUAAUAAAACAUUUUACUGUUCUGAAAUUAUUGGCGUUUGGCGUUGCAUAUCGUACACAUAUAGCGUUACAUAUCAAAUAUUGGCAAGUUUCUAUAUUUCUGGAAAUAAUUGGCAAAGCUAACACUAAAAUACAUUUUUUUUGUUCUUUAUAAUCAUUAUUCUUUUAUAUAAAAUUGAAUAUGUUCAAGAAAUGCUUUUUUAUCGAUGUCAUCAUGAGCAGUUUUUCAUGUGAAAUUAAGUGUAUUUUUCAGACUUUAAAAAUGACACAAAAAUUUUGCGACGAUAUUUGGUGAUUGGUAAUUUGAAUUAAUUUAUGUUGGUUUUUUUUUGUUUUUUUUUUCUUUUGAAAUUUAAGUUAUUUAUCAAUUUUAGCUUCGCUUUUCUCUAAACAGCCGUGGCAAUGUGAGAUUGUAACCAAAAUAAAAUUGAGGUACCACAUGGGGAAAUCUUUAAAAAGUAGUCUCGUCAUUGAAAUGUAUGAAAUUAUAUUUUUAUAAUUUUCACUGUGAAAUUGUCAAGUAUAACAUUCAAAGAUAAAUCACUUAUUCACUGAAAAACAUAAAAUUACGUAAUUAUUUGUAUAUCAAUUAACUAGUAUGUUCAUCAAAACAUUCUUGAUAAGACUUAUUUUUUCCACAUUUUGUUUUUAAUAUUUCAAUUAUGAAAGUUAUUAAUCAUUCCUUUUUAUCUAGAAAGAAAUUAAUUAAUGAAAAUACCUUUUCAGGUUUAAUACCAUUUCUAUACUGAUUGCAAAGGUAAAGAUUGACAACUUUCACCUUGAUUUUAAUAUGGUUAGUUUCAUUUACCCAUGGUACUAGAUUGGACCGAGAAAUAUCGAUUUUACUUACAGUAGCAAGGCGUUUGUACAAAAAUGAGACGAUGAAAUGUAACUUACAUUGUUGACUUUUCUCAAACUUGAUAGACUUGCAUUUAUUAUGCAGAUAAUGCCAUAUUAGUUUAAAAUCGCUACAUUUUAACAUUUACACAUUAAUCCUUGUUUCACCACAAAAAUGUCUGUGUGGAAUCGAGAUGAGAUUUUGACCAAGAACAAAAAUAUCUCAGAAGCUAGCUUUGACACUUUUUUGACAAUAAUAGAAGCUGUAAUAGUAUCUGAAGUGGCAGCUGAAGAAACUGUAGAAAUGAAAUCGAUAGAAGUGUAAGUAGAGGUAGUAUUUAUUGAUAUAACUGUAGCAUCAAUAGCGAUAGUUACAGUAGUAUUUCUUACUGAUAGACGUAUAGUAUAAGUUGAUGUGUAAUUGCUGGUAAUGUAAGCUGAUGAUACUGUUAAAAUGAUAGUACUGUUUGUGAUGAAAAUGCUACCUGCUGAAGGCGGCGGGGGAUAAAGAAAUAGUCUCCGUCCGUCCGUCCGUCCUUCCUUCGCCCGUCCGUCCUUCCGUCCGACAUUUUUAGUCUGGAGCAAAUCUCAAAAAGUAUUUGAGGUAUCAACUUGAAAAUUCAUAGGUGGAUAGAUCAUAUUAAAGAUGAAUGCAGUGCACAAGAAUGAUAACUCUACCAUGCAUAAUUUUUAAGUUAUUCCUCUUUGUUAUUUUUCAAACUUAAAUUUUGUCCAGAGCAUAACUCACAAAGCCUUUGAGAUAUCAACAUGAAAUUUCAUAGGUGGAUAGAUCUCACUCAGAAGGUGUGCAGUACACAAGAAUGAUAAUUAUAUCUUUUAUAAAUUUUCAGUUAUUGCCCUUUGUUAUUUUUCAUACUUAUUUUUCACCUUAGUGGAGCAUAAUUCAAAAGUCUUGGAGAUGUCAACAUGAAACUUCAUAUGUGGCUAAAUCUUAUUGAGGAAGAGUGCAGCAAACACGAAUGAUAACUCUACCCUGCCUAAUUUUUACGUUUUUGCCCUUUGUUAUUUGUUAUACUUAAUUUUUGUCCAGAGCAUAACUAAAAAAAUGUUAGAGGUGUCAACUUGAAACUUCAUAGGUGGACAGAUCGCAUUAAGGAGGAGUGCAGCACACAAUAAUGAAAACUCUACCUGCAUAAUUUUUCAGUUAUUGCCCUUUGUUAUUUUUCAUGCUUAAUUUGUGUCCAGAGCAUUACUUAAAAGCCUUUAAGAUAUCAACAUGAAACUUCAUAGGUGGAUAAGUCUCAUCGAUGCGGAGUUCAGCACACAAUAAUGAUAUCUCUACCCUGCAUAUGUUUAAAGUUAUUGCCCUUUGUUAUUUUUUAAGCUUAAUGUUUGUCCAGAUCAUAACUAUAAAAGCCUUUGAGAUAUCAACUUGAAACUUCAUAGGUGGAUAGAUCUCAUUGAGGAGUAGUGCAGCGCGCAAGAAUCAUAACCUACCCUGCAUUUUUUCGUUAUUGCCUUUUAUUAUUUUCAGCCAUCAGUAUUCACAUAGGUUUCAAAUUUGUAAUCACUUCAGCCAUCAGUUUUCAUUUCCAAAAGACCUCUUAAAAUUGAAUUAUUCUGCUCUACUACAUAUACAUUCUUCCAAUUUGGCGAGGGAUGGCCAUGUUGACAUGACUCUUGUUGAUAGUAGUGUAAGUCGUGUUAAUGGAACUGUAGCAUUGUAAGUACUGUAAGUGGUAAUCUUAAUUAUUGAAAUCGUCGCUAUAGUAAUAGUAUUGUAAGUCGAAUAACAUGUCGAUAUGCAACGUAAAACGUCUGACUUAGGCCGUUUUGCGAACGGGACGUUACGCGGUGUGAUAAGGCACCUUAAAUGCAAUUACAUAAAUUAGUUUAUGAAUAUUUUGAGACAAUAAUUAUUGAUUUACUUCUUUAAAGAUAACAGAAAGAUUAACAUAAAAGAAAUUCUGAACAUGAAGUUUAUGUGCCGCUUAAUUGAUUUGUUUUGUGUUGUGUGAUAAUACGCUUUCUUUUAAUUAUAAUAAAUAGAUUACGUAUUUUUAAAUGCGUGCUAGCGUGUUUUGAUUGUAGUGAAACAGGGUUAUAUAAUAUUUAGAUACCUAACGGACAACGUAUUUCUGAAAUAUAUAACUAUGAACCAUAAUAGCUGAAAGUAUGCAUGACAUAAACAUCAUACAUUUUUGGUGAAAAUAAAUGGCUCAUUGCUUUGUAAAUUGUAGCUAAUAUAUGACUGAAAUACUUUAAGCGAUUGUAACAUUUCCUAUAUGUAGCUGAAAACGAACCAGCCUUACAGAAAGAUUAACGUAUUUCAGACGGAUUUUGUGUCAUGUCGUUUCAGGUUUCACAAAUGUGACACAAACUCCUGACAAUAAGACGUCAUUAGUCAAUAAUAAAACGGCGAGUGAUGUGCGAGAUCAAAGUGAGGGGGGAUAUCUUAUGUUAUGGAUAGGAUUAGGAUGUGAUAUUAUUCUGUUUUCUUUUGGGAUGAUUGUUUACGUGACUGUUUAUAUAUUUUAUAAUCGUUAAAGGACAAUAAUAGCAACAUUAUGAUUAACAAAUUUAAUUGUAACAACGUUAUGUACAUGUACAAAGCUUUACCGUGACGAUAAGAUGAUUUGUAAAGUACAAAUGCAAUGCUGUAUACUGUUAAAAGUAUGGAUACAAACAACGAUAAAAUAUUGGUGCAUUCAUUUGCAAGGUACAAACAUAUACAAAUUUUAAGAACGACUUAAGAAAUAAUGAUCCAACGUGUAUCGAAUAAAUGGAAGUAAAUCGCUGCCAAUUAACAUCCUGCUGUUACAGAUUUAAUGUGCAUAAAUUCAAGUAAAUUCGUUCAUUGAUCUUUUAAAAUGUAUGUGCCAGGCUGCAUUCUUACAUUACAAAUUGCUGUUAUUUUAAUUCAUGGAAAAAAAUGCUUUCAUCUUUUCAUUUGUUCAUUUUUUUACAAAAUUAUUUCUUUUAACUGCGGAUGAAGAGAUAACUCCCAAAUAUUGGUAUAACACUUGUUUAAGCCUUUCCCUCAUUAGCAUAUUGUGAAAAAAUGGCCGUUUUCAUUGAAAGGCCUCCUUUUACAAGUUCAAACUGCUAUGAAACUAUGGAAUAUGCUUCAAUACUAAUCAAAAUUGGCACAACUGUUGACUGGACCAUUGCCUUUGUAACGACAUGCUCAGUCUUAAAUUUCCUGUUAUCAUGGCAACGAGGGGACAUCUCAAAAUUGCCAAAAAUCAUGAGGCCCCCUUCAAACCCCCAAACAGAAGGGGACCCAUCCCCAUUCUGGCACCCCCCUGAUGUAUCUUUUGGAUGGGGGUGGCGCCAAAAAAAUGCUCACUUUCAUAGCAACAUAUUAUAAACGAAAACAUGUGUUUGGGCCCAACCAGGACAUUUUUUCGCUAUUUGAGGCCUAGAAGAGGGGGGGGGGGGGGUCGAAAGUGCGUUUUUUUGCGUAUAUAUGAGGUAAAGGGUUAAUAUUUUACUGACUAUUUUUCUAUGAACCUUAAGCUGAUUAUCUUAAAAAAAGUAAUAAAAUAAAAAAAAAUAAAAAGGAUGUCUAUGUUUCUCUUACCGAAUUUCAUAAGGGAAGUUAAUCGCUUUCGGGGGCCGGGCUUUGCUUUGACCGACUAUAGUAUAUGUACAAGUGUUCAUUUAAUUGAAAGUAAAUCUAUAUGCUCGUAAAAACAGGUCCAUUUGCCGUUUUGGUCACCCCUUUUUUGAAAUAAAAAGAGCAAUCAGUGAUCAAUGUUUUGUUUGAUGAUAGCCAAUUGCAUGUUGCAACUGCUGUGAAACAGGCAACACAAAAGUCAUUAAGAUGACAAAACACGUUUUUUAUUCAAUUCAGCUAAAAUCAUUUAACAGGAAAGACCGUUUACAAUGCACAAGAACUUGAGGUACCAAUCAAUCCUAUAAAACUUCAUUUUAAUUUGAAUCAGUUGUAUAUGAGAAGUUGUAAAACAUGAACAACAGAUCAUUAAAGGGCCAUAACUCUGACAAAAAUCAUUGAACUGGAAAAUGUGGACGUUUCACACAAGAAGACUUAGUAUCGAUGAUUCAUGUAAACAUAAA